GUGUGGCCCGGGAACCGCAUUGGCGGGGAUUCCUCGCAUGGCGGCGCUGUUUGGAACAUUCCCUCCGCGAUCCCCUCUUCCGUCGAGUAUGAAUCAUCAUAGAGCUAUAGGGGAAAGGCAGUUUCUUCUGUGCGUCGUUACAUUCGCUACCAGUCUUAAGAUAAAGUUCAUGCUUGAAACAUCUUGUUCUUUUACUUCAAGAUUCGACAUAGCGAAAUUUCCGUCCGGUUUUGUCACCCUUUACCCAAACACAUUAGGCAAGAGUAAUCCACACGAUUCUUUUUCACCGCAGAUCUUACAAGAAUGACAACUUACAGAGUCCUGUUGCAAGUGACGGUGGUGAUGAUGCUUGUCUGCGUGCAAAAUCUCUAUGCCGGGAGAAGGCAUACGAGACAAGUUAACGACUGGUUCGGCUCUCCUCGCGGCGCACAAGAGAGUUUUACUGGAUAUGAAGACAUUACACCUGGGAUCCGGCCUUUCGGGGGAUAUGACGCUGAAUAUCCCACUACUGGUGCACUGAUCGACAGAGGACCAAUACGAUCCACCACGACUUUGGGUCGCACCAAGCCAGGUCCAGUCGUUAUUUACGGAAGGCAAAGAAAGAGAAGGCGCUGUCUCCUGUACAGCCAUUCUGGGUUGUGCUUGUACCUGUCGAAGUAUUGAGGUCACCUGCUCGCCUGCCGCAAGAUCUCUGGCUUGUUUGAAAGAUUAUCAUGCAUUUUCGGAAAGUAUAUGUGAAGAUACUUUA